AUGAAACUUCACAUUUUCAUGUUUAUUAUCGUCAUUUCAGCCUUCAGUCAUGUUGCUUUCUCAGCUCCUUCUUCUAAUGAGAAACACUCAAGCUUGGUGAAAAGGCAAUGUGAAAAUGGAGCG